AUGGCAAGGAGCCGCAUGCUGAAGUUUUACAUGAGCUGUCUGGGCCGCUGGGCCGGGAAGAGACUGCUCGGUGUCGGGGAUUACAUGAGGCAUGACCACUACCCUCCAGGAUUGUUCGAGUCGGACCAGGAAAAGCAAGACUUGCUGUUAAGGAAGGCCCGCGGAUCAGGGGACGAGGCAGAGUCGGACGAAGAGGCGAAGAGGACUGCGAAUGGCAAAGCGAGGGAGACGAGGAAGAAGCCGAGCAGACGAGCCAGUUCAAGGACGAACCAACCUGCUACAAGAGCCUGGUCGAAAUGUGGCGAGAAAACCAAGCUGGAGAUACUCAUAGAGGGGGUUGACAGGUACGAGGACGACGAGGACGACGAGGACGCCAUGCUAACCCGGCGCCUGCGCUACGAGACGAUGGCGGAGUUCUACCGAGACCUGAGCAGCUGGUCCGUCUGGAAAGCCAGCCGCCUGUACGACAUGAAGUUGGACGACCUGUACCCCGCCGACGAGGUCUGGAUCCUGCGCAACCUGACCGCCAAGGAGAUGGUGCGAGGCGAUCGCUUCGAGCAGACGCCCGGCUCGCCGCCCCGCGGCCCGUUCCUCGAGCACCAGGGUCUCGGCACCGCCGUGCUGAGCCGCAUCUGCUGGACGUCUGAUCCUUCCAUCUCGAUGGAGGACCCCGGCGGCCGGAUCAGCCGAGGCGUCUGGGCGGGACAUGGCUUCGACAUUGCAACCUUGAAGAGGCACGAGGAGGCGCUGGCUGCGGGCGAGAUUUGGCGCGACGUAAGCGCCGAGGUGGUGGCCGAGGUGGAGAGCAUGUGGCGCGCGAAUCGGUGCGACGAGGAAUGA